CUGGGGGAGGAGGCGGGUCUCUCGCCCCGCCCCCAGCGCUCUUACCAGUCCCGCCCCUUGUCGGACUCGGAUGGACCCCCGGAGUCUUAAAGUUCUCCCCCUAGAGGAGCCGGAAGUGCCUUCAGGACACUCGCCGGGCCCGCCCCUCCGCUUCCUGCAGCUGCUUUGGGGAGUCCCUACUGCAAUCGUCUGCGCCGGGUCGGUAGGAUGGCGCCCGGUCGUUGCGGCCUUAGCACCGAGAGCAGACAGCUGCCAAACGUCCCUACCGCUCCCCGUAGUUGUUCCCCAGUGGUGGGGGAUGGGGGUGGACGGUCUUUCUGUUCUGUCCGCGUUCCCCGCUCCUCCUCAUCACAGAGACGUGGCCCUCCAAGGUCCUAGCCCUCCUGCCCAGCUACCGAGUGUCGGCUAGAGCGUCUCCGCAUUGCUUCCUGUUGUCCUGGGGCCCGGGAGAGGAAAAAGGGGGCGUAUCCUAACCGCUGAGGGAACUCUGGAGCUUGGGAGUUGUGCCGCCGCCGGAAGUGUCGGGAGGGAGGCCGGAAGCCGGGGGGCGGGGUCAGGAAGUGAGGAGGGGCGGGGGGGGGUAAUGAGGAGGCCGGGGAGCGUUGGGGCAGAUUUGCACUCAGGGCCACCUGAGGGACUUGUCCGUGGCGGUCAGCUCUGUCCCCUCCCCUCGCAGAGAAACGGUUGUCGUCUGGGAGUGGGGAACUCUGUGUGGAGGGGUGGGGUGUGGGGAGGACAUUGGUCUGGCCGCGCUUGAGGCAAGGUGUGGAGAGGCAAAGGCAGGGCGGGGGGUGGGGCCGGGUCGCCUGGGCGUCUGAGAGGGAAGACCCCCCGCCCCCCUUGUGUACACCCCCCCAACGCCCGUCUACACUGGCUGACUGGACACUAAGAUGGCUGCCGUUGCCAUGACACCCAACCCUGUGCAGACCCUUCAAGAGGAGGCGGUGUGCGCCAUCUGCCUCGAUUACUUCACGGACCCCGUGUCCAUCGGCUGCGGGCACAACUUCUGCCGCGUGUGUGUGACCCAGCUGUGGGGCGGGGAGGACGAGGAGGACCGAGAUGAGCUGGAGCGGGAGGAGGAGGAGGAGGACGGAGAGGAGGAGGACGUGGAGGCUGUGGGGGCCGGCGGGGGAUGGGACACCCCCAUGCGGGACGAAGACUAUGAGGGUGACAUGGAGGAGGAGGUCGAGGAGGAAGAGGAGGGUGUGUUCUGGAACAGUGGCAUGGGAGGGUCCAGCUGGGACAACAUGGACUACGUGUGGGAGGAGGACGAGGAGGAGGAAGACCUGAACUACUAUUUGGGGGACGUGGAGGACCUGAGGGGGGAAGAUGAGGAGGACGAGGAGGAAGUGCUGGAGGAGGACGAGGAAGAGGAGCUAGACCCCGUCACCCCGAUGCCCCCGCCCCCAGCCCCUCGGAGGUGCUUCACCUGUCCCCAGUGCCGAAAGAGUUUUCCUCGGCGGAGCUUCCGCCCCAACCUGCAGCUGGCCAACAUGGUCCAGGUCAUUCGCCAGAUGCACCCAACCCCGGGUCGAGGGAGCCGUGUGAACGAGCAGGGCAUCUGUCCCAAACACCAGGAAGCCCUGAAGCUCUUCUGCGAGGUGGACGAAGAGGCCAUCUGCGUGGUGUGCCGAGAAUCCAGGAGCCACAAACAGCACAGCGUGGUGCCACUGGAGGAGGUGGUGCAGGAGUACAAGGCCAAACUGCAGGGGCAUGUGGAACCACUUAGGAAGCAUCUGGAGGCUGUGCAAAAAAUGAAGGCCAAGGAGGAGAGGCGUGUAACAGAGCUGAAGAGCCAGAUGAAGUCAGAGCUGGCAGCCGUGGCCUCAGAGUUUGGGAGGCUGACACGGUUUCUGGCUGAAGAACAGGCUGGGCUGGAGCGGCGCCUCAGAGAGAUGCACGAAGCUCAGUUGGGACGUGCAGGAGCUGCAGCCAGUCGCCUUGCAGAGCAGGCUGCCCAGUUAAGCCGCCUGCUGGCUGAGGCCCAGGAGCGGAGCCAGCAGGGGGGCCUGCGGCUGUUACAGGACAUCAAGGAGACUUUCAAUAGGUGUGAAGAGAUACAACUGCAGCCUCCAGAGAUCUGGUCCCCUGACCCGUGCCAACCCCAUAGCCAUGACUUCCUGACAGACGCCAUCGUGAGGAAAAUGAGCCGGAUGUUCUGUCAGGCUGCAAGAGUGGACCUGACGCUGGACCCGGAUACAGCUCAUCCAGCCCUGAUGUUGUCCCCUGACCGCAGGGGAGUCCGCCUGGCCGAACGGCGGCAGGAGGUCGCUGACCAUUCCAAGCGCUUCUCAACUGACUGUUGUGUACUGGGGGCCCAGGGCUUCCGCUCUGGUCGGCACUACUGGGAGGUAGAAGUGGGCGGGCGGCGGGGUUGGGCGGUUGGUGCUGCCCGUGAAUCAACCCAUCAUAAAGAAAAAGUGGGCUCUGGGGGAUCCUCUGUGGGCAGCGGGGAUGCCAGCUCCUCACGCCAUCACCAUCGCCGCCGCCGGCUCCACCUACCCCAGCAGCUUCUGCUUCAGCGGGAAGUGUGGUGUGUGGGCACCCACGGCAAACGCUACCAGGCACAGAGCUCGACAGAGCAGACACUGCUGAGCCCAUGCGAGAAACCACGGCGCUUUGGCGUGUACUUGGACUAUGAGGCUGGGCGCCUGGGUUUCUACAAUGCGGAGACUCUAGCCCAUGUGCACACUUUUUCGGCUGCUUUCCUGGGCGAGCGUGUCUUCCCUUUCUUCCGGGUGCUCUCCAAGGGCACCCGCAUCAAGCUCUGUCCUUGAUUAGCCUGCCACCCGUAGGGGCCCCUCUGGUCAGCACUGGGGAGGCGGGUGGUGGUGGAUGGCGGCCCAUAAAUUUGGGAGCUCAGAGGCUCCCCCUACUGUUUGUUACUGUGUUGCUUCCUGCUCUACCUUGACCCUAGGCCCCUGCUUCUCCCUAUAGGAGCCUAAAGAACCCUCCUGGCCUCCAGCUCGGCCUUCUCAUCUACUGUAUCUGUUCAACAGGUCUGCAUGGGACCCUGAUAAUGAGAACAGCUGCCUGAUAUUCCCUCCCUGUUUGCCUAGCCCAUACAGGCCCGGCCCAGCCCAGCCCAGCCCAGGGGUCAGAGUUGAGUAGGGGAUGAGGAAAGAUUGUAAUUUUCAUUCCUCAACUUCCUUUUCCCCACCCCUCCUCGUCAACCUUUGUCAUUUCUGAGGCUGGAAGGUUUGGGCAGGACUUUAAAAAAAAAAAAAUAUACCCAUUCCAUUUUCUGGUGCAAAUUUUAGCUAAGGGAUUUGGAAGCUGUUGUGGGAAGGCAGGCUGGGCAAAAGGGUAGAGCUGGGUAAAGAAAUGUCUACUCUCGGGGAAGGAGGAAUUCUAAACUGUUCUUCCAUCCCCAAUUUCUACCUCCAUAGACUGGCCAGAAUUUAGCUUCAGUGAGAGAUCUGGAAUGGUCGACAUGAUUGAAACUACAUACCAUUACAUCACCCAAUAAAUUAUUUUUCCUCCCUUUUUUCUGGCACUCAAAGCAGCCAAGCUUGCCCCACCUUCCUUCCAGGUCUUUUCACUGCCAGGCUUCUUCCCUCCCUUUGUUCAACAGUUGCUUUUGUCCACUUUGGGCCUUUCCCCAUGCCUUUUAGUUCCCUCAAUUUGGCAAGCCCUGACAGGGAGCCUGGGAACAGGGGUUUGGUUCCUGGGAAGAGAGCAUUGGGUAUAAUCUAUUUUUCUAGUAACCCCUUGCCUUCUAUCAUUUAUCAGCUCUCAUCCUCUGCUUUGGUGGCUGAGGUCAAUUCAUGUUCUUGGGGAAAAGGGGAAAGCAGUUGUGUUGCAGAAAUAAAAUGUUUAUUUGCUUCU